CAUGCUUGCUACUGUUUGACAGAUUCACCUCCUCACUCUGAUACAACAGCUGAGAAAGCAGACAGACCAUCACCCAUCUCAACAAUGAAGUCAGCAGCUCUCCUCGUACUUCUGGCUGUCCUGCUCUUCGUAGAUGUGAGAGGGCAACUGGAUUCUCGGGGAAGAUGCAAGUGCCAGGGUGCAGGGGCCAAAGCCAUCCGCCCAAACCGCAUUGAGAGGCUAGAGGUGUUACCCCCUUCCUCGGCAUGCCCCAAUCUGGAAAUCAUUGUCACUCUGAAGGAUAAUGGAGGACAAAAGUGUCUGGAUCCAAACAGCAGUUUUUCCAAGAAUUACAUCAAGAGAGCCAUCAAAAAGAGGAGUACACAGUAAAUUCCUUUGGAUCUCUUUCUGAGAGGCAGCUAAUAUUGAAAAUGCACUUUUUUUCUCUACACAACAUAGAGACUCCUAUUUUUAUUUUUUAUAACAUGGAUGUUAUCUCAGAAUACUUUUAUAUUUAUUUGAAUGUUAGGCCUAUAUUUGGGAUGUGUGUUACAGUCCGGUGUCUAUUUGGUGAGAUGUUGUUUAAAUUUGUUAUGUUUAUGAAAAUAUCUACACUGAAAGUUGAAAUAAUUUAUGUCAUGCUAAACGGAUGCGUUUUAAUUAUGUUGUAAAUAUAAGGAAGGA